AUGUCUAGAGAACCCCCCCACUACUUUGGCGCUGGCCCAGCCCUUCUCCCUGAGUCCGUUGUUAAACAAGCCUCUCAAGAUCUCAUCACCUACCUUUCAAACGAUGUUGGUGUCUGCGAAAUCUCUCACCGUUCCGCUGACGCAAUUGAUAUCAUCAACACUGCAAAGGCUCGUCUGGCUCAAGCAUAUUCUAUCCCAGAUACCCAUGAAAUUCUCUUUGCCCAAGGUGGUGGUACAGGUGCCUUUGCAGCUGUUGCUUAUAACUUAACGGCCGCUUACGCUAAAAAAACAGGCAAAAAGGGUACUGCUAAUUACCUUGUCACGGGCUCAUGGAGUGAAAAGGCUGCUGCUGAAGCAAAACGACUUGGCUUUACUACCCAUAUUGCUGCAAACUCAAAGCAAUCUGCAGGUAAAUACGGAUCAAUCCCAGACUCAGCCACUUGGCAAUUUACCAAUGACAUCUCCUAUGUCUACUAUUGCGAUAAUGAAACUGUAAACGGUGUCGAAUUCCCAGCUGACAUCUCGGCAAACCUCCCUCAAGGCGUCGACAUUGUGGCUGAUAUGUCCUCCAAUAUUUUGUCUCGCGAAAUUGACAUCUCUAAAUUUGCAGCCAUUGUUGCUGGUGCUCAGAAAAAUAUUGGUGUUGCCGGAAUUACCGUUUACAUUGUUCGUAAGGAUCUUCUCUCUCGUCUCCCCCAUGAGGAAGAAGUUGCCCUUGGCCUCCCCAUUCCUCCCAUUGUUUUUGAUUGGCCCACCCUUGCCAAAAACAAUUCCACUUAUAAUACCCUCCCCAUCUUUGGUGUCCAUGUCUUGUCUCUCUGUGUUAAGUCUGUUCUCGACAAGGGUGGUCUUAAGGCCCAACAAGAAGAAAGUGAGUCUAAGGCUGAUAAAGUCUACCAGGUCAUUGAUAAGUACCCCCAAGUCUUUAAUGCACCUGUGGCCAAGGAUGCCCGUAGUAUCAUGAACAUUGUCUUUACCCUCCCCUCUCCUGAACUUGAAAAGAAGUUCCUCGAUGGUGCUAAGGAGCUCCGUCUUAACGGCAUCAAGGGCCACCGCUCAGUUGGCGGUAUCCGUAUUUCCAACUACAACGCCGUGACUCCACAGAGCAUUGACAUUCUUGUUACUUACAUGGAGUCAUUUGCCAAAAUCAUAUAA